ACGCACAUGAUUUAUAUACGAGAAUAAUUUACAUAUAUAGACACAUUAAAUGAACGGCGGAAAAAAAAAAGAAUGUGAUGAGCGAUAAACUCUAAAACAACGUGAAUGGAAGGAAAGGAAAGCCUCUUAUUCAUCUAAAGUCAUCGAUACGGGUAAAGGAAAUGAAAGGCCAACAAAUGUCUGAACCGUACAGAUCUAACUCCAUCGUCAAACGCAAAAACCCACAAUCACUAACAGUGAAGCAAGUCAUAAAAAAAUUCGACCAAAAAAAAAAGAUUACGGUAACUGAAAACCAAAUUCUCACAUGAUGAGAAAAUGGGCUGUAACUCCGGCGAGAAACGAGAGCAAUACGACGUCGCAUCUAACAUUGAAAACCCCAGAGCCCGGAGAUGACAUAUCCGGCGACAUUCCGGCGGCGGAGGGACCCGGAGAAGGCGCCGACUCCAUGCCCGGAGGUGACGGCGGCGAAGCUGCCGGUGACAUUCCGGAAGUGGGUGGUGGGCUUGGGCUCAUCGGCGUAGUUGAAGGGGCCAUCGGCAUAGGCGAUGGUGCCAUGGGCAUCAUCGGCGGCGGCGUCAUGGGCAUCGGCGGUGGCGCCAUGGGCAUCGGCGGAGGCGUCAUGGGCAUUGAUGGAGGAGGAGUGGACGGAGACAUCGCCGGAGAAGCUCCGCCGCCGCCGGACAUCGGAGGCAUAGACAUCGAGCCCGUGGGAGGCAUAAUUGGGGCUUGAGCUAAUGAAUGGGAGACCAUUGCGAGAGAGAGGGUGAAAAAGAAGACGACUUGCGAAACGGCCAUAAUGUUUAUGUGGUUGAAUUGUAAAAAUGAGGGCUAACGAAGA